AAGCCACACGACCAUCAUCGUGCAAAAAAGCUCAGCUACAUCUCUGUAGGGCGACAGCAAUGGCGUCCAGAGCAACAGCGACCGUCCUCGUCCUGGCAGCCUUGAUCUGCGCCGCCCAGUCGACCAUCUCGGCCGCGGACGCCGGCGGGCUGUCCCGGGGCUUCCACGCCGCGUCGUGCCCGGGCCUGGAGAAGAUCGUGGGGGACCUCGUGGCGGAGACCUUCCGGCGCGACGUCGGCGUCGCCCCCGCCCUCAUCCGCAUCCUCUUCCACGACUGCUUCCCGCAGGGCUGCGACGCGUCGGUGCUCCUCACCGGGAACAACAGCGAGCUGAAUGCGGUGCCCAACCAGACGCUCCGCCCCGUUGCUCUCGACCUCAUCGAGCGCAUCCGCGCCGCCGUCCAUGCCGCCUGCGGCCCGACCGUCUCCUGCGCCGACAUCACCGUCCUCGCCACCCGUGACGCCCUCGUACAGGCUGGCGGGCCACACUUCGACGUCGCCCUCGGCCGCCGCGACGGGCUCGCCCCGGCGUCCCAGGACCUCGUGGACACCCUGCCGGCGCCCUCCUUCGACGUGCCGACUCUCAUCUCCUCCUUCGGCAACCGGAGCCUCGACGUGGCCGACCUCGUCUCGCUCUCCGGCGCGCACACCUUCGGCGUCGCCCACUGCCCCGUCUUCUCCGACCGCUUCGCUCCCAACAUCGACCUCAACCCGCUCAUCGACCCGCUAUUCGCCAGGAGGCUGCGGGCCAAGUGCGCCAAGGACGUGCCCCAGGGCACCGUCAAUCAGACCCUCGACGUGCGCACGCCCGACGUGUUCGACAACAAGUACUACUUCGACCUCAUCGUCAGGCAGGGAUUGUUCAAGUCCGACCAGGCCCUCAUCGACCACCCCGACACGAGGCUCUUGACCACGCGGUUCGCGCUCAGCCAGUCUGCCUUCUUCAGGCAGUUCGCCAUGUCCAUGGUGAAGAUGAGCAACAUGGACUUGCUCACCGGCACCCAGGGCGAGAUCCGGCAGAACUGCGCCGUCCCCAACAGGCGUGUCGAGGGUAUCGAGACCGCCAACGACGAGGGACACGCCGCCGCCAUGUGAGAGAUUGGUUAAUCGUCCAUGCUAGCUCACGCGUGCACUGGAGAUGGUGUCCUUCUGCUAGUCGUUUUGUCCAGUCGUCGUUCGUGUUGUAAUAAAAUGAUGAGUGGGUGCUCAGAGUAUAUCAGACAAUCGUGGUUACGGUGUAUGAUCACUGCAAGUUAAACCUUGUACUCUCUCCAUUCUUCAACUUAGAAUCCAUUAAUUAUGUGUUGUUAAGUUAAA